AUGGACACAACUCAGAAGAAGGCAAGGAGUUCAUCGAGUGUGGCAUGCUCCCUGCACACUCUGCAGCUUCAUCUGACUCUGCAUCAACAACCCAGCACGGCCGGCAAGGACAGGGACACGCUGGAGCAGGAGCCCAGGAUGGACACGGAGAUGCUGCGAGGGCUGAAGCAGCUCUCCUGCAAGGAAAGCCAGGAAAGCCUGAGACAGCUGGGCUUCCUCAGCCUGGUCAAGAGACUUGGGCUUAGGCUUGACCCAACUGUGGCCUUCCAAAUUUGCUUCGCUUUGGAUUUCUUUCUUUCUCUGUUUCGUUCCAUGGUGCACGGCAGCUCCUCCGUUGGGUUCACGGAGGCCACGGACGAACGGCUGCGCGUGGCGGCGGCUCAGCAGCAGCAGCAGCAGCAGCAGCAGCGCCUCUCUCGAUCGCUUUUCCACUCGACUUCCCGCCCCCUCUCCAUCCCCUUCUCCCUUUCACAGUCCCUCUACUCCCGUUCCAUCCCGUCCGUCUCUCCCAGCCCGGCUCAUGCCGCGCCUGUGGACGAGCCGGCCCCCUGCCCGUCCCUACCAGGCCUGCCACUGUGCCGCCUCCGCAGGGCACUCUCCCUCCUGGCUGUGGCACCUUUUGAAGAGCCUCUGGAAGAGCUCCUCUGCUCGGCCGCCGGCCCUGAGCCGCUGGAGCCCGGGGUGGCUCAGGAAGCAGCAGCGCCCAGGGCGGGCGGGUGCCCCGGGCAGAAUGGCGAGAGCGCGGUGCCGGUCGCACGGGCGGAGAAACCUUCCCUGCAGCAGCUCUACCGGCUGGGCCCGCUGCUGGGGAGCGGCGGCUGCGGCAGAGUUUACGCCGGGACCCGGCUCGCCGACGGCGCCCCGGUGGCCAUCAAAGGAGUGCCCCGCGAUCGCAUCUGGGAGUGGGCGCGGCUGCACGACGGCGCCCUUGUGCCCAUGGAGCUGGCACUGCUCUCCAUGGUGUCGUGCCCUGGCUUCCGUAGCGUCGUGCAGCUCCUGGACUGGUUCGAGCUGCCCGACGGCUUCGCCCUGGUCAUGGAGCGUCCGGAGCGCUGCCAGGACCUCUGGCACCUGCUGCACGCAGGAGGGUUCCUGCCAGAGCCCGUGGCACGGGGGGUGUUCUGCCAGGUGCUGCAGGCCGUGCGGCACUGCACCAGCCGCGGCGUGCUGCACCGCGACAUCAAGGCCGAGAACAUCCUCAUUGACCUGGCCACCGGUGAGGCAAAGCUCAUUGACUUUGGCUGCGGCACCAUCCUCCAGGACACCUUGUACACCCACAUGGCAGGAACGCGGGAGUACUUCCCACCAGAGUGGAUCCUCUUCGGCUGCUACCACGGCCAGCCAGCCACCAUCUGGACCCUGGGCAUCCUGCUCUAUCAGCUGGUGUGCAGGCACCUUCCCUUUAAAACCAGAGAGGACAUCGUCCGGGGCCAGCUCUUCUUCCCGCCCCGGGUGUCUCAAGAGUGCCAGCACCUCAUCAGGUGGUGUUUAUGCAUGGACCCUGCAGACAGGCCAUGUCUGGAAGAUCUUUUAGAGCAUCCUUCGCUGCAGAAGCCCCACUUGACCCAGGAGACAGCAGAGAUCCAUCCCUCUGCAUAG